AUGAGCUAUAGUAUACCGCAGAAACUUAAGGAUGAGUUACAGAAUGAGCUAAUUAAUGAUGAUCAAGAACUUGAUGUGCUUCAAAAGAAGAUAAAAACUAGAACAUUAACAAAUGAUAGUAAAAAUAAGGAGAAUAGGAAGAGGGCAAAGAUUGAUGUUGGUUAUGAAAUGCCCACUAUGAGUGGACAAACACUGGAUAAUAAGGAGAAAGAUAUAUUGCUCACCAAAGUGAAUGGCGUUGACAAUCUUCUUUUCUUUAGUGACUCAGAUGCCAAGCACUUCUCAUGUCUUCUUGACAACCAACCAGAUACCGAUGUAACUAAGGAUGAAAGAUUAAAACGACAGCUAAUGCGACUAGUGUUAAAGGUAAAGAACUGCAUACCUGGAAUUAGGAAACAAGCUAUGCGAACUUUGAAAGAUAAGUACAAGGAUUUUGGUGCUUCAAUAGUAUUUGAAAAUCUGUUGCCAAUUUUACUUGAUAGUUCACUUAAUGAUCAGGAAAGACAUUUGAUGAUAAAAUUAAUGGAUCGAGCAAUUUUAACACUUUCUGAUGACGUAUCUAAACAUGUAUCGCAAUUGUUAAACGCUAUUGGCCCACUUCUGCUAGAAAAUGAAUCAAUGGUCAAAACCACCGGAAUGGAUAUCAUUAUAAACUUAACAACUGUUGUAGGCUAUGGUACCAUUAUAAAAUCACUAAAAGAUGACAUUGCAGCUGAAGAUGAUUUCAUUCGUAAUUGUGCUGCUAAUAUACUAGCGGUUGUUACCAAAACUGUUGGAUUAGAAGUAAUGCUUCCAUUUUUUAAUGCUUUGGCGAAUACCAAAAAAACGUGGCGUAUACGACACACAGGAGUAAGAAUAAUUCAUCAAUCAGUUUUAUUGAUAGGCUCUGGUGUUCUCGCUUAUUUGUCUCCCAUUCUAAAAUGUUUGUCAUUGUUAUUGAAUGAUGAACAGCCAGGAACUAAAAUUCUCUGUGCAAAUACAAUAUCAUUAUUAGCACAAUACUGUUUUCCACAUGGUAUGAAAGCUUUUGAGAUUGUGUUGGAAACGACCUGGAAGACAGUAAAGACAUCACGAGGGAAAUUACUAAGCAGUCAUUUACGGGCUAUGGCAUCAAUCAUUCCUCUCAUGAGCUUGGAAUAUGCUGGUUUUUAUUCUAAAGAGCUUAUGCGUAUACUUAAAAGGGAAUUCAACAGCCCUGAUGAAAAUAUGAAAAAAACUGUAUUGCUGGUGCUUCAAAAAUGCUGCAAGUGUGAAAGUGUAACAUCAAAAAUGAUUAGGGAAGAUAUAUCGGAGGAAUUCUUUAAGAAAUUUUGGAUUCGUAGAACUGCUUUGGAUAUACAGCAGAAUAAACUAGUAACGUUCACCACUUCUGUAAUUGCAGAGAAGGUUGGAGGUGCUUAUUGUUUGGAGCAUCUAUUGGGUCCUCUCCGAGAUGAAUCCGAACCGCUGAGAAUUAUGGCUAUCCAUUCUGUAAACAAGAUAGUAUCAAUUCAAGGUGCCUUGGAUAUAAAUGAUAGAUUAGAAUCUUUGCUUGUCGACUCUCUAUUAAUAGCAUUCCAAGAGCAAAACAGUAAUGAUCCUAUAAUAUGCCAAUGCCUGGCAACUUUAGCUGUUGCCUUGGAUAUUCGAAUGAAGCCUUAUCUGGCUCCAAUAAUUUCUACAAUUUUGAACCUUUUACGUCAUAAAUCCCCUCAAAUUAGGCAAAAUGCAGCUGAUUUAUGUGCAGCCUUGAUACCCGUAAUCUCAAAUUGUGAUGAAGUAGUAAUUCUCAACAAGCUUUCGAUCAUUCUCUAUGAAUCGUUAGGGGAGGUUUAUCCAGAAGUGUUGGGUGCGAUUUUAGCAGCAUUGGAACGCAUAGUCCACAUACUCAAUAUCGAUACUAUACAACCUCCUAUUAAUCAAAUAUUACCCUCAUUGACACCUAUUUUUAGUAACGCCAACAGAAAAGUUCAAAUGAAUACUAUUCGUCUGGUCGGAAUUAUUGCACUAAAAGGACCAUCAUAUGCUCCACCAAAAGAAUGGAUGAGAAUAUGUUUCAAAUUACUGGAUCUUCUUAAAAGUACAAGCAAAAGUAUUAGACGAGAAACUACAGCAACAUUUGGUUACAUUGCAAAGGCCAUUGGUCCUAAAGACAUAAUCGUGGCAUUACUGGAUAAUCUAAAAGCACAGGAGCGUCAACUUCGUGUAUCUACUUCAGUUGCUAUAGCCAUUGUAGCAAAAGUGUGUGGACCAUAUACUGUGAUUCCAGCACUUCUCAAUGAGUAUAGAACUCCUGAAACCAAUGUCCAAAAUGGUAUCCUAAAGGCCAUGACCUUCAUGUUUGAAGAUAUUGGUGAAUUGGCAAAGGAUUAUAUCUAUUUUCUACUUCCUCUUCUGGAAGAUGCACUAAUGGAUCGUGAUCUUAUUCACAGACAAACGGCAGCUACAAUAGUAAGACAUCUAGCUCUCCAUUGCAGUGGAACUGGUUUUGAUGACGCAUUUAUUCAUCUACUAAAUUUACUAAUACCAAAUAUAUUUGAAACCUCUCCGCAUGUAAUAGAAAGAAUAUUAGAGGGUUUGGAAGCACUAGUUUACGCAAUUGGACCUUCCAUCUUUCUAAAUUAUAUAUGGGCUGGCUUAUUCCACCCAGCAAAAAAGGUCAGAGAUGCAUAUUGGAAGUUGUUUAGCAGAAUAUACGCCCAACAAGCUGACUCUAUAGUACCUGCAUAUCCAUCCUCCAUACGAAGCAAAUUGGACCUCCCUGAUCUAGAUUUAGUACUCUAA